AUGGCAUUUUCCAACUAUUGUUUCGUUCUGUCCUUGGUCGUAGCAUUUUCACUCGCAACCACCAAUGUAAGCCUUGCAGCACGCCAGCUUUUGGACACAACAGCCGCUCCACCUCCGGCAUUGACACUGCCUACGAUCCCAAGUUUGCCCAAGUCCACAUUGCCUCCAUUGCCCUCAGUGCCAACACUGCCUCAAGCCACAUUGCCACCACUGCCUAGCACGCCAUUGCCAACUUUGCCAACUCAACCACCUUUGCCAAAGUCCACAUUGCCACCAUUGCCAAGCACCCAGAUCCCAUCUCAGCCAACACUGCCAACUACCACAUUGCCACCAUUGCCAACUCUACCAAAGUCCACUUUGCCACCAUUGCCAAGCACCCAGAUUCCAUCUUUGCCAAAUCCAACUUCCCCAACCACCCCUACAAUUCCCAAGGUGACACUACCUCCUCUACCUGCUGCUACUCCAUUGCCCACCAUCCCAACCAUGAUCCCUUCAAUCCCCACCAUUCCAACGACAAUUCCAACAAUUCCUUUCUUCUCCCCACCACCAUCAAAUUGA